UCUUUCCUCACAGCCCCUUAAUAUACGUUUUAACAACUUUUCCACAUCCACUAUGCUUUUAAAAACGCGUUUUUUACUUGUGAACAACUGAAUUCAUAAUUUUUCCUCCUGUUGAUAUAGGAGGAGACUUUUGCUUGAUCAGUGGGAGGAUUUAAUAUGACUUACACUUCUUUAAUAUGCUUUUUUCUGAUCAGUUACUUAGUUCAGGCAAAGGGCAGAAAUGAUUCAACUUGUCCAAAGUCCUUUUCAUGUGGAAAUCUUACUGACCUGAGCUUUCCUUUCUCUCUUUCCACACAAUCUGACUGUGGAGUAAUGUUCUUAUCUGGUUGUGAUGCUAAACCAUAUCCGAGAAUCCAGCUGCUUCCUGGAGGAGAUUCGUACUAUGCUUUAGGAAAUCCAUUUAAUUAUACAGUUUUUCUCGGGGACCCCAAGCUUCAUGCCAAGUUGAGGCAACACAAGUGCCAGGCUUUUAACAAAAAUUUCUCCCUUCCAAACUCUUCUUCUAUUUCUUUUGAAAUCCUCCCAGUGAAUAUUCUCAACUUCAUCAAAUGCAACAGCACUAAUAGUAGCACCCCAAACAUUACCCAGAAGAUGAAAGAUCAUUUUGCUGGUUAUAGAAUGUACAAUGGCUGUAAAGGCUUUAGCAUAUACUACAAACUUCCUGGAGGUGAUGGUGAAGACGUUCGAGCAGGCAAUCUUCCUGCCAACUGUUCACUUAUCAGAUUGCCGGUUCUCUUGCUAUCAGAUGAUGGUGGUUUGUUCAAUAUGUUAAGUGCUGCUUUUGCAGUAGAAUGGAAACUGUCUGCAGACUGUUACAAAUGUCACUAUGGCGGAGGUCAAUGCCAGACCGAUAUAACCAACAAAUUUCAUUGUUCAUAUCCAAAUAAUCCACAUGAUCAUCAAAAAAAUGAUCUAAAUGCUCAAGAUGCAAAAAUGACUAGAAGCAAGUUGGGACCGACUCUGGGAGCAGGUGCAGUUUUGUUUACAGUUGGACUAUUGGUUUUCUUGUGGGAUUUUGUUUUGAGGGUCACAAAAGAGCUCUUAUUUAUGAAUUCAUGCCAAAUGGAUCUCUUGAAAAAUUUAUCUAUGAGGAAAGAUCUGACAGUGUUCGUCAAUUGGGAGAGUAUCGUGUCAAUGUUAGGUGCACGAGGGACUAUAGGUUAUAUUGCUCCAGAAAUUGUUUGCAGAAACUUGGGAGGUGUCUCUCACAAGUCUGACGUCUAUAGCUAUGGAAUGAUGGUCCUAGAGAUGGUUGGAGGAAGAAAAAAUGUUGAUGUUGGAGUUGAUCGCACGAGUGAAAUCUACUUUCCACAUUGGCUCUAUCAACGAAUUGAACUGGAUGAAGAGCUUCAACUAAUCGGGAUAAUGAAUGAAGAGGAGAAAGAAUGUGCAAGAAAGAUGGUGAUGGUGAGUUUAUGGUGCAUACAGACUGAUCCCUCAAAUCGACCAUCGAUGAGCAAGGUUGUGGAAAUGUUAGAAGGGAAACUAGACUCUUUGCAAAUGCCUCCCAAGCCUUACCUGUAUUCUCCCACAAGAACUGAGGUAGAUUCAUCAGUACUAGAGCUGGCCUAG